AUGUUCAGAAGCGCCCGUACACAGCUCCGGGCUGCCGAGGCCGGCUGCACGCGCUCACUGGCACAUGCGAGGACCAACCCCUCCCUGCUCCGCAUGGCGCGUCCUCUCUCCACCGUCCCACGCCAGUCCCUCACAUACACGCCGUUGACCGCACAGCGCCGCCUGUUCAGCGCAACCUCCACCAUGGCGAACACGCGCACCGAGAGCGAUGCCUUUGGCGAGCUCCAGGUCGCCAGCGACAAGUACUGGGGAGCCCAGACCGAGCGCUCGCUGGAGAACUUCAAGAUCAACCAGCCCCAGGACCGCAUGCCUCCUCCCAUUGUGCGCGCCUUCGGUAUCCUCAAGGGCGCUGCUGCGACGGUCAACAUGAAGUUUGGGCUGGACCCUAAGCUUGGGAAGGCCAUCCAGCAGGCCGCCGAGGAGGUUGCCAGCCUCAAGCUCGUCGAUCACUUCCCCCUCGUCGUCUGGCAGACCGGCUCCGGCACCCAGUCGAACAUGAACGCCAACGAGGUCAUCUCGAAUCGCGCCAUUGAGAUCCUCGGCGGCACCAUGGGCUCCAAGAAGCCCGUCCACCCCAACGACCACGUCAACAUGUCCGCCUCUUCGAACGACACCUUCCCCACCGUCAUGCACAUCGCCGCCGUUCUCGACUUUGAGGAGUCGCUCCUCCCCGCCCUCACCAGCCUGCGCGACGCCCUCAAGAAGAAGAGCGAACAGUGGGAGAAGCUCAUCAAGAUUGGCCGCACACAUUUGCAGGACGCCACGCCUCUGACCCUUGGUCAGGAGUUCUCUGGCUACGUCACACAGCUCGACUACGGCAUUGAGCGCGUCAAGUCUGCUCUGCCCCGCCUCAGGAUGCUUGCCCAGGGUGGAACCGCUGUUGGAACUGGCAUCAACACCUUUAAGGGAUUCGCCGAGGACAUCGCCGCCGAGGUCUCCAAGAUGACCGGCCACGAGUUCAUCACCGCUCCCAACAAGUUCGAGGCCCUCGCUGCCCACGACGCCAUUGUCGAGGCCCACGGCCAGCUCAACACCCUUGCCGCCUCCCUCUUCAAGAUCGCCCAGGACAUCCGUUUCCUCGGCUCCGGCCCCCGUUGCGGCCUCGGCGAGCUCAAGCUGCCCGAGAACGAGCCCGGGUCCUCCAUCAUGCCCGGAAAGGUCAACCCCACACAGUGCGAGUCCCUGACCAUGGUCUGCACACAAGUCUUCGGCAACAACGCCGCGACCACAUUCGCCGGCUCGCAGGGCAACUUCGAGCUCAACGUUUUCAAGCCAGUCAUGAUCCGCAAUCUGCUCCACAGCUCGCGCCUGUUGGCUGACGGCAUGAGGAGCUUCGAGAAGAACCUCGUCGAGGGUCUCGAGGCGGACGAGAAGCGUAUAGGUUCCCUCCUUACCGAAUCUCUCAUGCUGGUGACCUGCCUCAACCCCGUCAUCGGCUACGACGCCGCGUCCAAGACGGCCAAGCACGCGCACAAGAACGGCCUCACGCUGAAGCAGGCCGCCAUGGAGCUCAAGGUCAUCAGCGAGGAGGACUUUGACAAGCACGUCCGCCCCGAGCUCAUGAUUGCGCCCAAGGAGGCCAAGCUGUAG